AAGCAUGCCGAGGAGUCUAGAAACAUGUAGAGACCGAUUGGCCCUGAAUAAAUAACCGCUCGCUACGAUACCACGUUCUUCGGAGAGAGAGAGGAGAGAGAGGCGAAGAUGAUCGAGGUGGUGCUGAACGAUCGGCUGGGGAAGAAGGUGCGAGUGAAGUGCAACGAGGACGACACGAUCGGCGACCUGAAGAAGCUGGUGGCGGCGCAGACGGGCACCCGCGCCGACAAGAUCCGCAUCCAGAAGUGGUACACCGUCUAUAAGGAUCACAUCACCCUUAAGGACUACGAGAUCCAUGACGGCAUGGGCCUCGAGCUCUACUACAACUGAAUCGAAAGGUUUUUGGGUAAGUCAGUGCAUCGUAGGACGUCAAUGAGCUUCGAAUUGUUGAAUUCGGUCAGCAUCUUGCUAGAAUCUUUCUUUGUUCCAAGGAGAAUUUUGAUCAAGUAAUGGUGGAGAGGGAAAGCAGUCAAGAGAGCAAGUCCUCGUGGAAUAUUUUACUUGUUUUGUGCUGAACAUUGUAGUGCUUAUGCUAGUCAAACAGUACUAGAUGUUUAAAAUCAAAGGGUACUUGUGGAUAAUCCUAUCGAUGUAAUCAUUCAAGAAGUUUCAUGGAAAAUUUAUAGUUGGCGGGGAUUUAAAUGAUUAUAUAAGAAGAAAUCAUGGAGAAUAUAUAGGACGAGUGCAUGAAGGUAUUGAAUAUAAUAGGGAGAGGAAUUAAUAGGGAAUUGUUUAUUAUCUUAACCGUGAGGCCUAACUGAUGGGAAUUUGUUUCCCUUACAUUGCCUUCUCUUUGAACCAUGGCAUUCUUCGUUUCUACCUUAAUUGCUUCUUGGAUGCUUUGGGUCAAUGUACACAAGGCAAAAACCAAGCUAUAAUUCAUGCAUACAUGUUCUUUAGGGUACUCCAGCUUUCUCUUUCCAAGUGUAAGCUACUAUUGAUCUUGAUCCUAUGGGCUGACAAAUCUGCUGUA